AUGGAGUUCUCCAUGCCCGCAGGACAUCGGCGACUUGGCAUUCGAUCCUUUGGUGGCACGAUAUUGGACCUGCUCUCACAUCACUCCAGAGACAUGAGCUCCGUACUAACAUCUGCCGCCUCUUUUGUUGGAGAACUUCCAGCCAGCUUUUGGUAUUCCAUUCCUCCCGCCAUCUUCAUUGUUUUUCUUUUCGUACGCGGCGGACUGCGAUGGCAAACGUUGAAGAACGUGCGAGGUCCUCCUCAGGGGGGAUGGCUCUUGGGUCAUCAAACUGAAUUUUACCAACAAAUUGAUGUCGGCGAGCUCGAUUUCGCAUGGCACAAUGCGUAUGGUGGUGCUUGGAAAAUCGAUGGAUGCUUUGGGCGUAACAUUCUGAUGCUCUCGGACCCCGCUGCUAUUCAUCACACCAUCCAUACCAUGGGCUAUGACUACCCCAAGACUACUGAGAGUAAAACAUUCACUGGCCUGGCGUUUGGACGAGGUGUCUCAUGGGCAGGAGGCGAAACUCACGUUCGCCACCGCAAACUUUUGGCGCCUGCCUUUACCGCCCAGGCUCAACGACCUUUCUAUCCCGUUUUCAGACGUGUUGCAGGCCAGCUUACUUCCCAGUGGAGAGAUAAGCUCCAGGAGGGCGAUUGUUCCGAGUUCCAGACUAUUGAAAUUUGCCGUGGCCUUACCAACGCAACCCUUGACAUCAUCGGAGAAGCCGUUUUCGACUACCAUUUCGGUUCGCUCGACAAGCUUGGAGAGAAGAACGAGUUUGCUGACUGCUUCCACAACUUAUUCGCCGAUUCCAACUUGUUCCCCCCCAAUGCCGCUAUCCUCUUCGCUGCUAGCUGGGCUUACUGGCCUGAGUUCCUUCUCCGCAAAGUCGAGCAUCUGCCAUUCCGUCAAUUUAUCCGGUUCAAGGAAUUCCUUACUAUCGGCAAAAGACUCGGCAAGGAACUCAUCGUCAAUCAGGCCGCUGCUGUUGAUGGGAAAAAGCGUCGCGACAUCUUGAGCAUUUUGGUUGAAGCCAACGAAGCUACAAAGAAGGCUGACCGUCUCAGUGAAGACGAGGUUCUUUCACAAGUGACCACGCUUCUCUUUGCUGGACAUGAGACCACCGCCACAACACUCACCUGGAUUAUGUACGAGCUUGCCCGACACCCUGAGGACCAAGAACGCGUACGAGAGGAAAUCCGAACUAAGCGCCAGAAGGUCACCGCCAAUGGACAAAAGGACUUUACAUCCACCGAUCUCGAAAGCUUCACAUUCACCAACGCUUGUAUCAAGGAGGGUCUCCGUAUGCACCCGAUUUCUCCCUGGAUUACCCGUGAAGCCCGUGUCGACGACGUCAUCCCUCUGCAUGAGCCCAUCAUUGGCGUUGACGGCAAGGUCAUGAAUCAAGUUGAGGUGGUCGCUGGCCAGCCCGUUCUUGUCUCUACGUGUGCUUACAACCGUCAUCCUGCUGUCUGGGGCCCUGAUUCUCAUGAGUGGAACCCUCGUCGUCACUUGAACCAGGAAAUGAAGGACAAACAAAUCCCCGUUGGUGUUUACUCCAACCUCUUGACCUUUGCUGGUGGACCUUCCGGCUGCAUGGGAUGGAGAUUUGCCUUGACUGAGAUGCAAUCGACCGUCGUUGAGCUCGUGGAGAACUUUGAGUUCUGCCCACCUCUAGACAAGAACGCUAAGAUGCUGCGCACCCCCGUCGGAGCCAUUAUGGCCCCUAUGAUUGAGGGCAAAUUCGAUGAGCGCACCCAGAUGCCUCUCGGCGUUCGCCCUCUGUAA